CCUACAGUUCAAAGGCAUUGAACACGCGCAAAUCAUGAGCAUUCUGGGCGGUGAUGACCCUGGUAGCUACUUCCUCGAAAUGAAUGCCAAAGACUUGAUUAACAUGAAAGCAAAGAAUUCAAGGAUUGAUGAUGUGGAUGAUGUCCUAAAGACUGUCAACUUCUUUAGGGAGAUGAAAGCUAUAAAUAGGGAAUUCUUCUGUGACAUGCAACUCGAUGAGUCCGACAGAGUUAAGAACAUAUUCUGGGCGAACGCAAGCUGCCGAGGCACAUAUCAGGACUUCGGUGACUGCGUAACAUUUGACACCACGUACAAGACCAACAAGUACCAUAUGCCACUUGGGGUGUUUGUCGGUACUAACAACCACUUACAGACUACAUUCUUUGGUUUCGCCCUCAUAAGAGAUGAGGAUGCAGAAUCAUUCAGAUGGCUGUUCAAGACGUUUUUAAGGUGCAUGAGAGGGAAGGCUCCUAGAUGCAUCCUCACAGACCAGUGCCAGGCAAUGGCUUUGGCGAUCGCAGAUGUUUUCAAGAACACAAUACAUAAGCUAUGCCGCUAG